AUGUCUGUUGAGACAGCUGAAGUCGAGCGACUGAAGUGGAGAAAGAUAGAAGUAGAAGACGUUGGAAAGAUUACAUUUGUCAGAGAUACUCCACAUGCAAAGACAAACCAUUUUAUCGAGCAAAGCAGGCCUUACUUCCCAAAUGCAAAAUUGCCAACCUACUUCGACAGUCAGUGUUGCAACUUCCUAACCUUCGCAAAAUUGUUUUGUUUUGCGAGUCUCUUCGGCGCUUUGGCGGCUGCUGGUGUGUCACUGCUCAUUCCUAUUUUCUUCUUCAUUGGUUGUUUGGCGCUUUUUGUCGUUUACUGCCAACACGAGAGAGUGAAUCAGAAAUCUCUGCCCACUGUCAUGACACAGCCCGUCAUUGCAAGUCAGAACUCCACAAACAGCUUCUAUGAAGUUACUCUUACAGAUCUUGACGGCAUUGCUUUGCAGAAUUACCAAGCUGGUGUCGGCUUCAUCACUGUUUCCCAGGGAAAGGUCAGGUUCCAGGCCUUCAACACUAAAGCGAUAGCAUACAUGAUGAGCGCAAGGUGCCAGUCUCGCCUGAUGAUGAUUCUCUUCUUAGCGUGCUCUGUUUAUAACUGUUACUUCGUGGUCGCUUACUCCCAGUAUGGAUUAAAUGCUCACUGAGAAAGAAAAAAAAGGAAAAUGAAAAAAAGCGAAGAGGAGCUUGGAAAGGAUUGCUUUUGUAGUUUAUUUCCUGGAAAAUACUUCAUUCUAGAGACUUUGUAACCAGUAAGCUUUGUACUUUUAACCAUACUAGAUAUAAGGACUAUCCGACAUUUUCUUUUAAACAAUUACGUGUUUGCCUGUUUAUUGCCAACCUGUCUUUUACAUCCUACAUUAUCUUUUUAUUACAAUGAUAAAUGUAGCUAAAGCAAAGGGAAACACAGCAAGCUCUAAAGGGCUUUAAUUGACGUUCGGCAACGAUUUCUCAGUCUACAUAGUUGGAAAAAGGGUGGCAUAAUAAGUUACACUUUACAUAUAAAUCAAGGUAUCAAAGAGAAAUAUUACCUGAUUGCUAAUCUAUGUAUAUGUUAUAUCGCACCUGAUACGAAGAAAAAGUAGCUAGUCUAGAAACGAAAUUAGAAUGAUGCCGAACAACGAGGCAAAGUGUCAGUUUAAGCUGAUGAGUGUAAAGAAUCGAUAUCGAGACCAAUUUGACUAAGAACACAGACGGCUUCAUUCUAUGAUUCUCAGCGAUAUGUUAGAUUCGUUAAUCCUGGAAUUAUUGGCCAGGAAUUAUAUCCUUAUCGUAUCUGUGUGUUUAUAUAGCCUCAAUACUCAGGCUUGUAGGACACUUACAUUAUAGACGACAUAGACCUUAGGUCUUUGAAAUAAUUAAAGCAUAUCAAGAGUUUUUCUGCUUCAUUCCAUUGCAAUACACAACAAAUCAGUAGCUAGCCUGCGAGCAAGCUCUCUAUUUGUGGCGAGCGAAGAGAGCUGCGAGAGGCGGAGGAAAAGGAGAGCUCUCCCUUUCUUUCCCCACCCCACUCGCAACUCCUUUCGCGUACUGUUCUAGCGUGAGGACAAAUGUAAAGCAAGGGACACAGAUACACUACCCAACCGCCUUGCCAGUACCUCACGCAUGCGCACAGCCAUAUCCCCCCCCGGGCAGUGACAGCCAUGGACAGUUGCUUCGCCAGGCCGUGGGUUGGUGUAUGUGUGCCUCUUGCUUUAAGUUUGUAUUUACUGACACACAGAUCAGGGUAACUCCUGAUCCGCCUUUCCCAUGCACGUCGUGGGAGAACUGCAGUGCGGUUCCCAGCUAACAGCUUCCCCAUGGUUGAGUGGAGCUGGCGCCUUGAGUUCUUUGCACUCGCCUUAAAGGGUCCCUAAUACACGGGUUCUACGCACCCACCUCCCAGCAAGGUCAGCUUCUUUGUUUUCAGUCGGCCAAUGAACGAAGCGCUGCAGGAAACCAUCCAGACGCGGGGCUUGUGAAAGUUUGUUGUCAUGGCCAGGCAGGUAAUUAAGUUUGUAAUUGUUACUUACCAUUCACGUGAAAAAAACAAAACAAAAACAAAAACAAAAACAAAAAAAUAUAGUAUAGAGCGAAGAAAUGUCACCCUCUCCCGGUGAGUUAUUAUUUGACGCUAGCGCCCAGUCACCGCCGAACGACAAAACGGUUGAAAUGUUACACUUUACUAGUCACGGAUAAAUGGCGCCGAUUUUUCAACUGUAGUGGAUCUUUUCGAUCGAGUUUUGCGAUCCAAACGCAAGGUUUACCGGAACGGAUUGCAGGAAGGUGAUCUUAAGGUAUCACCUUGUGGAUUCGGCGGCGUAAAAUGUAAGUGUAUUUGUUUUUUCGCGCGAAAUUUGGAGCUGAUUCUGAGCAGCUUUGAAGAUCGAUUGAUUGACGAGAUUGUUGACGAGCUUCGCUUUGCAUGCUUCUGUACUCCUUGAAGUGAAGGAAGCACUCGAGAGCAGCCGAAGAAUGAAGCCGCCCCAGCGGUACUCUUUUGUGUUACACAUACAUCUUUCGCACAUGAGGCAGUUAGACUGUAGCCGAUAAGAAAACCAAUGACUGCCGACACACACAGCACUGUAAGAGCCGCAGAAUGUCGAAAAAUCCAAAGAAGUCGUUCCCACAACCCAAGGAGAUGGAUUAUCAUGUCGAUCAAGGCGUUGAUGAAGGCAGUCGACGCAACAGUACCGAAGAAACUGAACUUCAGGGCACAGCUACAAGUGUUGACAUAGGAGAGAACUGAAGAACCGCAUGUACCAGCUAGGGGUGUAAAAACUAGCUCUCCGACUUUCAGCUUUCCUACCCAAGUUUUAAUGAUAUAGUCCAAAGCAGCCUGUUGGGCCGCCAUUUUCUCGAAACGGAAAAAGUAGGGCGCGAGAGGAGGUUAACUUUAAGGUUAACUUAAAGCCUGUUUAUGACGCUCAACCAAUAAGAUUUCACCGCGUACAAAAACCUAAAUGGUGGCAAAACAGUGAGAAGAGUGGGGACAAUUUUCCUGUCUGACAGUUGUUUACGAAUGUAUAAAUUUUACCCGGGUUCCGUCAGUUUGGGAGGACACACUCGGAUCACGCCAAUAAAUUAUAAAGGACGCCGAGAAAAUAUGCAGUUCGACGUUCGAAGGUGAGGUUUUGCAUAGUUCCCUUGUAUAGAUACAGCAAUUCGGAUGUUUGCUCUACAAAAAGCAGGUGAAAAAGGUUUUGUCCAAAUUUCUCCCCAAAAUAAACCGAGCCACGUGUCAAAACAUAGCGGUUUGUCGAUUGAAUACGCUUAAUUCCUUACCACUUUUCAAGUUUUUGGUAAGAAUAUGUUCAAAUGCCAUGCUUGCAACACGUGGGUUUCGUUUUAAAAUUUACCCACCGCUACUCAAGUAGUCAGUUUUCAACUAAAAUUUAUAUAGUUGCUAGGCUGUUUUAGUAAGCUUACCUGACGAGCUCUUUUCAGCUGCUUCAUACAAUUAUUCAAGGAUUAGCGCUUUUUUGAGGGAUAAAUUAAAUUUCUUAUUUUGGUUAAAUAUUAUUUAAUGCACUGGUGUUGUGCAGCUGCCUGGUAAAUUGAGAGCUGUUUCAUAGCCUCACCAAAUAAACUUGAGCCACGUACAUCUAAAAAUAAAUGGUGGAUAUAGCGCCGUCUGGCAUUCUAGAAAAAUAAUAUAAUUGCUAUUAAUAUUUCAUAAAUUCUUUAAUUGCAGAACUAGUGAGAUUUAUACAUCAGCAAGAGCCAUAAUAGGACAGAGAGAGAGAGUCUAAGGGCGUUGGGUGGGAUAUCUUAAUUUCAAAAAAGUUAUUUUUAGAACUAUGCGGACCACGUGGAAACAGUUUCCGGUAAACUGGCUGACUUCCGGAAGACUCGCUUUCACGAUUCAGCGCGCCAAAGCGAGGCGGCGUCAACAAAUAAAAAAAAUGGCGGCACAAGUGGAGGGACGAUGUGGAGUUGAUAAAUUGGCCUUCUUCAACAAAGAACCUACCAUAGAAAUUGCUUAAAACUUCUAUACAAAAGGGUCCUUUACAAGCAACGGUAGAAAUCGGUUAAAGCGACCGCGUGACGAUCGUUUUUGUUUGAACAGCUGGAAAGAGGCGCGCGGGUCCUACAAAGACGACCGUACAAGCAACCGUGUGGACGUAUUUUCUAUUGACUCUAGGCUUUAGGGUCAAAAUUGCACAUUUUUCAAGACUCUAUUGUCUCGUNCUUCCGGAAGACUCGCUUUCACGAUUCAGCGCGCCAAAGCGAGGCGGCGUCAACAAAUAAAAAAAAUGGCGGCACAAGUGGAGGGACGAUGUGGAGUUGAUAAAUUGGCCUUCUUCAACAAAGAACCUACCAUAGAAAUUGCUUAAAACUUCUAUACAAAAGGGUCCUUUACAAGCAACGGUAGAAAUCGGUUAAAGCGACCGCGUGACGAUCGUUUUUGUUUGAACAGCUGGAAAGAGGCGCGCGGGUCCUACAAAGACGACCGUACAAGCAACCGUGUGGACGUAUUUUCUAUUGACUCUAGGCUUUAGGGUCAAAAUUGCACAUUUUUCAAGACUCUAUUGUCUCGUAAUUCCCAAAAAAAGACUUGAGCACAAAGAAAAGCAAACAAAAAAAUGACCAGAAAGCUUCGGAUUCAUGUUAGAAUUUUAAUAUAUCGAACGUGAGCUAUUGCGCAUGGGGUUCUCCGUAGAGGGUAUCGCCUGGUAAUCCUUAUUCCAUCUUUAGCGUGUCGUCACGAGCGUUUUGGGAUGCGGACGAGAACGAUAAUGUCAAAAAAACAAUAGGUUUAUAAGCAAAACAACAACUUUGCACGUGCAUUACAUUUGCUUGUAAAUUUCUUUUCGCGUUUUUGCACGACUACGACGUGAAAAUGCCUAAUUUCGCGUUUUAUGGAGAACAUAAACAAGCAACGACGAAAUUUAAUUUCUCUUUCUGAACUUGGAUAUGGUCUCUAGGAAUUCAAAUCCAGGAGGGUUGGCCUACAUUUGACAAAGUUAGACGGUAGGAAUAAUUGCGAUAAUGCCUAAAAGAACGCAAAUUCUCUUUUUAAGCGACGUUAUUGUUGACGUCGCGUCGUUGGAUCUUAAAGUCACUAUUUUGUUCGACAGUGGGAUGCCCGUUGUGUUGUGGCAUCUGUUAGGGAUAGUCAGCUGGUUGUCCAUUCGUAAAUCUUCUGUUGCCUUCUGCGUUUUACGUCCUUUGGUGUUCAUUGGCGUUGUUAAAUUGCUUUUUUGUUCUAUCCCCGCCACCCCUUACAAAAGUGCAUGACAGGACAAACAACUAGAAAGCGGAAAACGCCACAGUCGGAAUAGUUAAAAGACCCUAGAGACACUGACUAAGCAAUUACAAAUCAUUAGUACCGACUACUGCAAGCCAAUUGAAGAGACAGACAAAGGACCGGGAGCACCCCACGACACUGAUGGCGCGCUAUGGGAUAGAAUAGAAGGGCCAAACAGCGACGCAGGGGGCCAACAACCUACAUAUUACCCCGGCGACUUUUGGCGUGCUUGUGCACCCAUCCUGAAUUGAAAUUGAUGUUGUACCGUGCUGUGGUCUUGUGUUGGUGUUCUCUGUGUGAAAUGGCUGACGUGGCAUUGGACUCCGCUGCAUACAGCCGCCUCGAAAAGAAAAAAAAAUUUAGGUCUCUAACAUUGCCCGCGGGACAAGGGUAGCCCUCUCGGGACUUUGACACUCUCUCAGCUGCUUCGCGGCCUAAAAAGUUCACUCCGCUCAGAAACCUAGUAAUCGGUUCCUGCUCCACUAGAUUUUCAGCUUUUUGGCUGUGAAGCACGUGAGGUCGACUUGUUUUAAGUCUAAUUUCCUCUUAGCCUCUCUCAAAAUAUGAAGAAUUAUUGAAGCGAACUACAGGGGUCUCUUCCAAGAAGAGGUCCGAAGAUGGUUUCCGGGAGAGUUCACAAUAAAGUAUCUCUAUGAAUAUCUAUGUAAAAUUCCGCAAAGCUCCCCUGCAGUGCAUUUACUGACUUCCGUGAGGUAAGUUCAUCUCGUUCUUUAAUUGUCUAAGAGCUCUCUGAGGAAAUGUCUGUUGAGAGAAUUGAACUCGGACAAGUCAAGCACACCAAGAUAGAGGUGAAAGAAGUUACUAAAAAAGUUGUUACAAUCAGAGAUGAAGCGCAUGCACAAGCAAACCAUUACAUCAAACAAAGCAGGCCAUAUUUUCCGCAGGAAAAGUUGCCCAUUUACAUCGACUGUCCCUACUUCUUAAAGUUCGCAAGAGUAUUUUGUCUUGCGAGUGUUCUCGGCAUCUGGAAGGUAAGUGGUGGAUCGGUGAUUAUGCAAGUCGUCCUCUUCAUCGGUUGCUUGGCGUUUUUGACAGUUUACGGCCAACAUGAGCUGGUGAAUCAGAGAUCUUUACCGACUGUUUUGAAGCAGCCCAUCCUCGCAAGCCAGAAACACAGCAACGCCUUUUACGAAGUCACUGUAACAGAUCUUGAGGGAAUUGCUUUGCAGAAUUAUCAAGCUGGUGUUGGCUUUGUCAGUGUGUCUCAGGGAAAGAUCAAGAUCCAGGCCUUCAACAAGACAGCGAAGAAAGAAAUGAGAAGUGCAAUUUGCAAUUCUCGCUUGAUGAUGGUUCUCUUCAGCGUAGGCGCUGUUUACAACUGUUUCUUCUUGGUUAUUUACUCUUGA